AAGUUUCUUAAAACAGAGAAAGGAGGAGGGAGCGUGCUAACACGACAGAGACAAAAGUGGACCACGUUACAAGUUUAUCUGAUGAGGAAGCUCUGUCCUAAUUUUGAUCGUGAAGAUGGGUUGGAUACGGUGUUGGAGGUCCCAAUUCCAGAAGAAAUGUUCUCAACCAACAAGAACAGCCACCGUUCGUGGCAGAGUAUGAUAUCUUGGGUGAAAUCAAGCGCCAGGAGGUCACCGGAAUCCAUGACUGCUCUUUUUGGAGGGGAAAACACAGAGAUCCAACUCUUGCUUGGGGUUGUUGGAGCUCCGUUGAUUCCGAUGGUCAAGGUUGAAAAUGAUCAUAACGUCAACAGAAACAUCAAGGAUCAACCAAUUGAGGCUUCAAUGGCGAAGUACAUAGUGAAACAGUAUGUUGCGGCUGUAGGGGGAGAGAAGGCUUUGAAUUCGAUAGACAGCAUGUAUGCAAUGGGGAAGGUGAAGAUGGGGGUGACAGAAUUCUGUUCUGGAGAAGGAGGCUUAAACAACAAGGUGGUGAAAGUGAAGAACUUGAGGAAUGGAGGUGGAGAAGUAGGAGGAUUCGUGCUGUGGCAAAAAAGGCCUGAGCUUUGGUGCUUGGAGCAGUUGGUUUCAGGUUGCAAGAUCAGCGCCGGUAGUGAUGGCAAGGUAGCCUGGCGGCAGACCCCCUGGCACCACUCUCACGCAUCCAGAGGUCCUCCUAGACCUCUCCGCCGUUUCUUCCAGGGGCUUGAUCCGAGCUCAACAGCAAACCUGUUCUCAGACUCUGUUUGCGUCGGCGAGAAAACAAUCAAUGAUGAAGACUGUUUCAUAUUAAGAAUUGAGGCUGAAUCCUCAUCAUUGAGAGCAAGAAGCAGCAGCAAUGUCGAGAUAAUCCGGCAUACUGUCUGGGGCCACUUCAGUCAAAAAACAGGGCUCUUGGUCCAACUUGAGGAUUCUCAUCUUCUAAGGAUCAAAGCCCCUGGAAAUGACAGCGUCUAUUGGGAAACAUCCAUGGAGUCCUCCAUUCAGGAUUACAGAAACGUUGACGGGAUUAGCGUUGCUCAUGCCGGUCAGACUUGGGUGUCCCUGUUCAGGUUUGGUGAGAACUCUGACAGCCAUUCCAGGACAAGGAUGGAGGAGGUUUGGACAAUUGAGGAAGUGGACUUCAACAUAAAGGGGUUGUCCAUGGACUGUUUCUUGCCGCCCAGUGACCUGAAGAAAGAGGAAGAAGAAGGGUGUGGUGUUUACGAGGGAAAUGCACGGUUGCCUUUCAAGAUUAGAGCCGUUCCUUCUAGAAUUAGUGCUUCUAAGGUAGUAGCUGUAGAUGUUGAUGAUUCUGAUGAAUCAGAGGAUGACGAGGACUUGUAAAUUGAUCUCCAGUUCUCAACCUUUUGUACAAAUACCAUCACGUUCGUUCCCAAACCGGAGGAAAAAAUGGCCAACGUUAAGUGCUUAUUUAAGAUUUAUCUGAGUUUCUUAAGAAUGAUAGGAUCGGAAUAUAUGAAUUUGUAUUUGUAUCUGCCAGCUCUUGCGGUUCUCUGUUAAUUAAUGAAAAUUUUGUUACAAU